CAACAGUGCACAUUUCCUGUUUUUCUCCAUUUCAAGAAUUGCACGUUUUUCUUAACUUACGGGGAAUCCAAUUUCGUGUUUACAAUAGAUUAAAGAAAUCAUGCCUCAAAUGAGUGUGUCUGAAGUAUUAGCCGUCGACGAAGUCGAAAAAACCGAAAUUGAUCGUAAGCAAUCAGACACUGAAUCUGAUAGUGAUGAUUCUUCUCCAGAAGCUGAUGAAGGCGAUGCUGCCCAAAGUGCCGCCACAAGCCAAAUGGCUCAGAUGGCGGGUUUAAGUGAAGAAUUGGUGAGCAAAGCGAAACAAAGUCGAGGAGAAAAGAAGGCGAGAAAAUUGAUGUCCAAAUUGGGAUUGAAGCAAGUCCAAGGUGUCACCCGAGUUACCAUCCGUAAGUCCAAAAACAUUUUGUUCGUGAUCACUAAGCCUGAUGUCUACAAAAGCCCGGCUGGAGAUACUUAUAUCGUUUUCGGAGAAGCUAAAAUCGAAGAUUUGAGUCAACAAGCUCAGAUGGCUGCUGCUGAAAAAUUCAAAGCACCGGAAUCGGCUGGCCUUGGCGGAGAUGGUCCUUCUCAAACCAUAGCAUCUCAGCCUAUAGAAGAAGAAUCUGAAGAAGAGGGUGAAAUUGACGAUACUGGUGUGGAAGGCAAGGAUAUUGAGCUUGUCAUGUCCCAAGCAAAUGUUUCUCGCAGUAAAGCGAUCAAAGCUCUUCGAAAUAACAAUAAUGAUAUUGUUAAUGCCAUUAUGGAAUUGACUAUGUAAAAACGGAUAAGUUCAGAGUGUAAUCCAAAACCAUAUACACAAGAUUUCUUUUAAAUUUUGGACAUUAAUUAACUCCAAAUGCAGUCCAGCGUUGUAUUCAGUUGUUCUAGUUAAAUUGUUCUUGUCCUUAUAAUUCAAUAAAAGUAUUCUACACUA